AAUCUAUCGUCCUUUAUGUUUUUUUGAACGAGAAUAAAUCAUUACAACUUGUAGAUCAGCCAUCUAUUAAACCGCUUUCGUUAUUUUCCUCGUGCGGAACGAGCCUUGCAACUCUUUUGAUAAUUUUAGAGAGCGUUAAAAAAACUUGGAAUAUCCAUCUUGUUACUUUCUAAGUCGGCAUUUUGCAUUUGCAUUCUGAAUAAGGACCACGACGUCGAUUAUACUGCAUUAGGAAUAAUUUGUACCCUCGAUAGACAGUGACUUCUCACUUCGAAAGAAGGAAACUCCGACGUCAACGUCGUCGCACAGAAACUUCGACACGACAGUGGGAGACGAAGUUGAAAAAAGUACGCAAGACCUCGUACUGCGGAAGUUCCGAAGAGGAUGAGGCUUGUUUCGCCCAAGAAGCUGCACCAGCCGGCUUGUUCCAGGAUGGUGCGUCCAACUUCGCCGGUCUAUUUCCGAUUUUUUUGUGGUCUGUACUACAUCAUCUCGAAUGUUUAUUUCCGUGUGGCCGAUGCCUCGCAGACGACCGGAGAUCUUGAGGUUGCGAAUCAGGAGUCGAUUGCCUCGGAUGGUGAAGGCGGCCCCAUCGCCCACGAAGGCACCGUUCGCUCACGAAGGCACCGUUAUUUUGAUCCCAUCGCCCACGAAGGCACCGUUCGCUCCUAUCCCGAGCAGGAUCACCCCAACUUCUUGGAGUGGCCUCAUGCGCCCAAUCACACCGCUGACUGUGGGACAGAAUGUGGGCCACCACCAGGAACUGUUCUAGUAUCAGAGCCCCCUUAUUCCUCGUCGGUGUUCGACGGCGGGGCGUCAUCCUCAGGACCACACUCAGGAACAACAGAUCAGAUUUCCGACAACGUCCCAGUCAGCGAAGCUGAACGAGAACGGCAAAGGGAAGCUGAACGCCAGAGGAGGCUCAGGGAACAAGCUGUUGAACGACAGAUGGAGGCUGAGCGACAACAUCAGCUGCGUUUGUCGGACGAAGAGCGAACGGAGAGCCUGCGUCAGUUGCAGUUCGACUACUCUGUUCGUGCUGAGCCUGCUGAUGAAACUUCACAAGUAGAAGCGCAUGAAUCAGCGAAAGACCUCUACUCCGCGACUGCAGCGGAGGACGAAGAACACAAGACUGCUAGCAUUCAUGCGGCCGGGAAUUCUGAAGUAGAGCACGAACCAGAAGAAGCUCCAGCGGCUUCUAGCGGUCGAGGCCGGACUUGGAGAGAUGAGAUGUUUGAAUCGGUACCAGCUGGGGACGAGCCUACGGGCACUUCUCAGGAAGCCGAACAGGAACAAGUACACCAGCAGCGCAAGGAGGAAGUAGAGGGACACGACGACGACCAGGGCUUGUCGCGCGGCACUGCUGCUGUCGAGGAUCAUGAUGCACGUAACGUCGCAUCGACUUCUGGCCAACAGGAGCCACAGCCCAGCUUGCUGAGUAAGUUCAUGAGCAGUGGCCUUACUAGGAAAUUCACCGCCAGCCUUUUCGGUGUUGGUGGUUCAGUCACGACUGGGGGGAACAGUAGCACAGCUUCCGAUGCAGUUGAUGCACCACCACAACGACCAUCAUCGUCCACACCGAGUUCUUCGGCGCCCGCUUCUGCGAAUCAUGGCGCCGCCACUUCUGCGCCCGCGACGCCGGUAAAAGAGCAUGAUGACGCUGCAGCUGUUGGUGAGAAUGCUCCUGUUGCAGCCACAACUGAGCCAGCGACUUCCUCUGCCGCUCCUGAUUGGAAAGAGGACGCCAAUAAUCGUCCUGCUUUCUUGACGCGCGAAUCAGAAGCUGAUUGGCGAAGAAGCCUUCGUCCGGAGGUGCAGCAGGAGGUGAAGGAAUCUUCUUUCCCCACCGCACCACCAGUAGACGAACAGCAGUCCUCCUCGCAGCCGAUUUCGGUGGACAGCAGUCCGGAAGUUGUAGGAGUAGAAGCCGCCACACAGAGUGUCGCACUCGAGCGCCAGGUGUCCGUUGCACCAGCCUCGGUCGGCGAAAGAAGUAGUCGUCACGACGAUGACGUGCUGAUCCACACAGAUGCGCCAUCGGUCGACGACAUCGUAAUGGAAGAUGCGCCUGGGGCAGUAGAUGCUGAUGCUGCCCCUAUCGUCCCGGUUUCCACAGCGAAGGGACCACGAGAAAGUUUGGAACAACAGGAACAGCAGAGUAGUACGGCAGUCGAGCAGGUGGCCACCAACGCGGAAGACAUUUCUAUCACUGCUGAGGUGCGACGGCUGGAAACGAAAAAAACGGAAUUAGAAGCAACGUGCAGGGGUUUGGGAGAAGAGAAGGAGCGGAUGAUGAAGGAAUUUGAGGUAUAGUGAAGUACAUUCUUGUUUUCUCUACGUAAAAUUUAUCAAGCGAGUGGCCCGACUGUUGAAUUUUUGUUUUCCUAUCGCUAAUGUCAAAUCGAAAGACCACGAUGCCGCGCUUAUGAUGAAGAUGAUCUUUAGGUGAAGAGGAUAGGUGAACAGUAACACACGAUGCAGUGACCACUUUUGUUCAAUACUUUCACCUACUUCUAGGCACAAGUUGAAGACGAGAAGAAGGUCAACGAGGCCACCGUUGCGGCGCUCCAGGAAGAGAGGAGGAAUAUGAACAGCCUUUUUGCCCGGGAAGAGGAAAAGUACCAAACUUUGAAACGCGAUGUGGAAGACUUGGAAAAGCAGAUAAAGCAGAAACAAGAAGAAGUGAAAUCGAAGGAAAUCGACAACGAAAAGGCGAGCUCCGUUUACCAAACCGUGUUCAAUUCGCUGCAGGAGAACUUGCAGGAGAGCGAGCGGAAGCAGUCCGCACUGAAGGACGAGAGGGAACUGUUGGCAAAAGAGAAGUCACAACUGGAAACUGCCGUGAAGGAAUUGGCAGAGAAAUUAGAAGAGCUGAAAGCCACCGCGAUGGGAAAGCAGAAGGAAGUGCAAGAACUGCGAGAGGUCCAAGAGAAGAUGGAGCAGGAGCUGCAAAAGCGGUUUCUUCUCGGAGCGCCGGAGGGUGAAGACGCAGGAGCGGGAGGGGCUUCUACAGGUAGUAGUGGUAGUGCUGGUGCAGCAGCAGGAGCUGACGGCGCGAGUGGCCGUCCUGAAUCCGCGGCGGGUGCCUCGGAAAUAGCCGACGGCGCGCACCAGGUGCAGCUCAACAGUGGUGCGCCGCAAAAUAUGAGCGGACCGCAACUGUUUCUGAAUCAGGUGCUCGGCGGGCUUGAUGAGCAGCUUGCGAGCAGCAGCCCGCGUGCUCCAGGAGCUCCGUUUUCCAAAUUUGACGUACUGAAAAUUCUGAAAGAAAAGCAGGAGGAGCUGCGCUUGAUGCAACAACAGAUCGACACCCUGGAGAAAACGAAGGAGCAGCUGGUCACCACGAUCGCUGCGGGAAACUCAACCGCUGCUCCCGCUGCGGUGGGUGUGCCGCUGUUGUCGUCGACUACGGAACAAGGAGGUGUUUUUCACCAUCACUCGCCCGCACCUGCUUCAUCCAGCCGCGUGGUCGGGAGCCAGUUCGCGCCAACAGCCCGUGGUCCCGCAGGUAGUCAUAGUUUGGGGGUGAGUCCACCCAGUUAUGCCGUAACUGGAACCACCCCAAAAUAUGGGGCGCAGGCGAAACCGUCGCUACGACUCCCGAGCGCAACUUCUGCUGGCCAAGAACCACAGCACAGUGGCAGUACCAUGAACUCGCAAGCCAGAGAGAACGUGGAGGAGAUUGUCACGACAACCGACUUGCUGCAGUCUCUCCGGGUGGAUCUCGAGGCCCGCAAAUCCGAGGUGAAAGAACAGGAAAUCAUCCUGAAACAGUUGAAAAGUCGCAAGCAAGGCCUCGAUAUGCGUGGCAAAAGUACUAUCGUGCUAGUAUAAAAAAUCGCACAUGCAAAGUAGAAAUGACUCUUCUCUUCUACUAGGACAGGAAGGAUAAGGAACUGAGCAACUUCCUUGUCAUGCCGAUUCACGUUUUGAAAUCGGAAUAGCCGAUCCGUCAUUCAUAGUUGCAAUUCCUUAUACCUUUUUCGCCGAGUGCGAUACUUUUGCAAUGCACACUCGAGCAGCAAGUGCGGGAGUUGGAAGACCGAUCGGAUAAUCACAACAAACAUCUGGAGCAGCGGCGAACCGAGCUGCUGCAGGAAAUAACCGGGUGCGAGGGCAAGGUGAAACAGCUGAAGGCGGAGGCGGAGCAAGUGCGGCAGGGCAAGCUGGCGCCCUACGAGGAGCUGGAGAGAGCGAAAUCUGCUUGGGCGAAGCAGCUCCAGGAGCUAGACAACAAAUGGAGCGGUCAGAACUAUGCGAUCGGCCGCCAGCUGGAGGAGGCGGUGAGAAAAUACGAGGAGGAAAAGCGACUCCGUUCGGACAUGGAACAGGGGCUCGAGACCCAGAAUUCGCACCUGGCAGAGGAGGCGCUGCGGCUGAUAGGGCAACUGGGCGCGAAGGAACUGAGAGUGGUCGAGCUGGAAGCCCAGAAUAAGUUCCUUUCUUCAAAAGGCGUGGAACUGGAGGACGCAUUGGGAAAGAUCCGAGAUCUGACCUCGCAAAUCGCCAGCAUGGAGAGUAGCUUCGCUGCGGAAAAGGACAAAAUGACGCGGAACUUCGAGGAGCAGCUGGAAAUUGCACAAAUGGGAACAUUUUCUUGCGGAUUGGAGGAGGGGCAAGACGAUGAAGAUGUCCGUCCUGCAGAGGAGGAAUUGCCGGGUUGUUCUGCUGAGGAUGCUGACACCAGCACGACUGGCGCGGGCGGGAGUUGUGCAGCAGCAGAAGAGAGCGGGAGUGGAGCAGCCGAUGGUGCGCAUGGUACCGCGUCAGGUUCUUCUUGUAUUACGAACCCCGCGGGAGGAGCAGGAGCAGGAACUGCUCCUACAACGAAAAUCACCACUGCAGGAGCCUCGACACCGGCACCCCUACGGACCUGCAGCGUGGACAGCAACCAGAAUUCGAUGCCGGGCGGAGUCGGGCCGCGGCCGCAAUCUUUGCCGCCGCCGCCAAUUCAUUCGAGCAAAGCCGGUCGCGCAGCCGUGGCAGCAAUCGCGAAGAGCAAGAGCAACGGCCCGAUUGCGCAGUUGAGCAGAGGACAUAUUCAACAGAACAUGAGGACAUUCAUUUGGCAUCAGAAAAAAAAAUGUCUUACUGAAGAUGUAGAUAUCCUCUCACUUCAAACUCUGCGAAAACCAAAAGAGAGGCAAUUUUGUGCAAUGCAGAGCGCGGUUCGUAAUGCUACUUAGUGGCUGCAGAGGUACCAAAAAAGUGUAUCAUGCUGAACGGCCAGAAACAGCUUUUGUGGUGGUAGAAACCGCAACACAAAUUAUUUUUUGUCUGGAAUGGAUGUCUGUGCUUUUCUGUAGAAUAAGACAGGGAACAGCUUUCGGUGGUCCUCCGACGGGUCCGGGUGGGCGAAAAGUAGAAUACUGGUGCCCGGUACGCCGAUGCUAUUUACUCGGUACGCCGAUGCGCAAUAGCCGCGGCGUAGUAUUGACCAAAGCGCUUUCGGCCGCCGACCACGCAAAAAUUAAAAAAGAAAGGGAGUAUCGAUUGCAAAUAGAUUGACAUGUCUGGGUCUAGAGAGAUCCGAGUUUUUGUUUGUGAUCGUACUCAGUCGCAACCCAACCAAAUUAAUUGACACAUGGUCCGGUCUGAGACGUGAGCCUGACCACAUGUCUGGUCCAGAAGAUGCAGGAUAAACCUGCGUACCCUUCUAGACUCAGAUAGUCGAUAUUUGCAAUGCAUAAGCAGGAAAAAGCACACCGCGCCCGCGCAGCCGCAGCAGGACAUCAAACUCCAGGAUCGACCUCCGCCUCGUCAACAUCUUCUUCGACACCAAGUGCUUCGUCGUCCCCUGUCGUCGCUAUUGCACCUCCUACACCAGCACCCGCCCGCCCUCUGACCGCGGCGGAAAAAACCGCGCGGCAGAUCGCUUCGCUGCAGGAGACGAUUGCGGUGGAGAAAGAGUGCUACGAGAACCGCAUCCAGCAGCUGAACGCGCAAUUGCAGAAAGCAAAAGACAAGUGCGAGUUGAAGGAGCAGCACCUGAGCCGUGUGAUUGAGCAACGGAAGAAUUCCCUCGAACAAAAGCAUCUUCUGUCCAACGCGUUUCGCAUCGCCAAGGAGGCGUACACGAGUGGGGACCUGCAUCAGCAAGGAGGCCAGAAGCUGCGCAAGUUGAAGAACGACUUCGACAGCUUGACGCUGACGAACGAUUUGCAUAUUAAGUACACGCCGGUGCGGGAAAGACGGGUUGGGAACAAUUCUGUUCAGAGUAGUGCUUCUGCCACGCCCAUCAGCACUACGCUGGGGCAAUUGAACGUGCAUCUGUUGAAGAGGUUGGAGAUGUGGCGGAAGCAGGAACUGCAAAAGUUGUCCACGUUUACAAAUCAGGAGAGGCAUCUGAAGGAUCCAUUUUUUCUCUUCUACGGGGGCACAAGUCGGGACUUUGACACGUGGCACGCACCAGACGUACUGGAUGAAGAGGACGGGGAAGGGGAAGACCAAGGCCAAGCUGGGUCUCUGUUCAACGGCACGAAUGCGGGGGAGUUGCAGCAGAGCAGAACGAUUUUUUCCGUAAAGCCGGUCUACUUUCAGCAGCUGCACAGCGAUGGAGGAGUAAAUGGUGGAGGUGGUAAUGCCUGGGCGUUGGACUUGGAAGCGGUGUACACUGACGACCGCGAAGUACUGGUGGAAAAGCGGGAAUUGCUGGGAAAGGCCAAAGAGUUUCUGCUGAACAAGGUACAUAAUUACACUUCUUUUUUAACUUUUUACACUGCUGUCGUGUUUGUAAAAAUGCAGUCCUCGAAUAGACACGAACAAGAACAUCGCCAUGGUGUUUUAUUUUUGCGAUGCGAUGACUAUGACAAAUGGAUGACAAUCGAUGAGGAGGAUAUCUUUCAGCCAUCAAACUUGCAUCGUCCGACGUGCGAUCUCUCCUUACAGGUCCUCGAGGAGUCGCUCUACGACGAGGCUUCCGACAGGUACAAAGUGCAGCAAAUCCUUCCUCUCGUUCAGCCCGCGUUUGAGAAGAUCGACUUUGCGCUGGAGCAAGCUUUGGAGUUAAAUCGUCUGGAGCACGAAGAUCUGAACCGGGAUCAGCAAUCCAGAAACUACUGGGGCAUCCUAGAUCUAGACGCGAUCGGUAGCGGUACUACAGCAAUUUCCUCUCCGCGUGCAGGUGGAGCAGGUUCUGGUAGUCCGAAAGACGCCAGCGCUUCGAAAGUGAACCAGAAGAUUUGGAAGAGGGCACAGUGGAAGGAUCCGGGCGAGAUGACCGAGGAGGAAAAACAGGAUAUGCAGAGUAAAAAUGUGCGUCCCGCCCACCAACUUUGUUCCCUGAAAAUUGAAUGUUUCUCGGUGCUCUAUUUUGGUCUCUUCCAGUACAUAAAGAACACCCCAUAGUCAAGAUGGAAAAUCUGCUACACAAAUCAAAAGGUUUUGGGUGUAGCAAAUAUCGAAACUCCACUAGAAAAUGCUUCUUGUGGGUCUUGUCCGCAUGAGAAACAUUUUAAGCAUGCAGCUUUGCAUUCCAACUCUGGGGAGGUGGGGACGUUUUUUCACGGGAUACAGGAGUGGUUUAAGGCGAUCAACGGACGGAGAAACCGCUUCGCGAUGCUGUUCCAUUUCGACAAGCAGGCGGGCAAGGCCAGGGCGGCUAGUAACGGCGGAUUGCUAGCCCGGCAAGGGGGCGAAAAUAACGGGUCCUCUGCUUCCUCCAGCACGUCUUCUCUGUUGAACGCCGAAACAAACUCGGAGAAAAAUGCGGUCCAGUUUCUCCGGCCGCCGCGGGACCCCGAGCACCGGUUCUACGACACAACCGGCGCGUUACUCCGGGUCGCGAUGGAGAACCAGCUGAAAAGCAUCCACAACGCCGCCGCGGAGCUGAAAAAGCCGGCAGUCCUGCGCUCGGCGCCUCCCCUUGGCUCGUAUGUGACCAAAGAGAGAAAUUUAUCCCGAGUGUUGAAAACGUCCCUACCUCCCCUGAGCUGUCGUGCAAAUCUGCAUGCCUAGAAACGCUUCUCAUGUUGCGCAGCCCGCCCCUAUUUGUGAUGCGGCCGCACUAUCUACGCAUGACAGCACAGCAACGACCCAAACUUGUCAUUCGCAAUAGCCAAUCUGGUUUGUUUAUGUUUUGUGUAGCAAAGUCCCUUUUAUUGUUGAUGACUCUGUGGCGGAGGCGUUUUUACAGGGGAUGAAAUUCGCAGCGAGUCGCGGUGGCGGUGCGCAUCGAGAGCACCCACGCCGCGCCGCGAGCGGGGGUCGCGGAGCCGGUGCGGGGCGGGAAAGUGGUUCGCAGCGAGAAAAAUGUGCUGUGUGCGCUGUACCAUUUCGCGAAACCCGAGCAAAAUCGGCAUUCCAACAACACUGUGCACGACACUUUUGUGGAGCAGGCAAAGGAGGAAAGCCGGGCGCUGGGUCGCGUCCGGCCGUGGAAGCUGACGCUGCACGCCGAAACGUAUCACUCGCUGUUUUUCGAACACCCACGCACGGGAAAGCUGCUACUGCUGAACAUGGAAACCGAUCCUAUCGAGCGCGUCUUUCACUACCACGAGGCGGGUGAGGGAGGUACAACGCGGCAGUCGAGUGCCCCCUACUGGGGAUACCUCGAUUUAGGCUGGGGGAGCGGGUAUGGAUUGCAAAAGUUUCAUUGUGUCGGACUCUCAUGAGUUGGAAUAUCAAGAAGGCACAAGUAAUUUAUUGAUAUUGUCCAUGACCUUUACCUCCACAACGGAGCGCAACACAGAUGAACUUGGUCAUGAAGAUUUGUCAAGAACAAGUUGGUAAGAAGAAAAUUCAUCUGCCAUAUACUUGCAACUCAUGAUGGUACGAGUACAACGCUUUUACAUAGGAUAGCGGGAACGCCAGCGCUGCGAGUGGCGGCAGUAUGUUGGCCUUGGGGAACUGAGGAGCUACGCCAGCAUGCAUCGUAUAGUGCUUUAUUGCUGUCGGAUUUUUCGUUUUCGAGUUGAGCUAGUAGGUUGAACAACCGGGGGGUACAACUACGCAGCUCGGUACGAUCCGACCGAGGCACUGAUGUUUGAUCUAAAAAUCUAAUGAUGUCAGAACGUGGAAAAUUGCGCUUCAAAAGAACUCAUCUGUCUGUAUCUGUAUGUGUGUUGACAAAAAAGAAAAAAUGAGUUGCUACGUGGACAAUUGUACAGACUGCAUAUGAUCACUUUGAGAAUACAGACAGACUGACAAUAAAGUGUCUUGAUCGUCUAGCUGUAGGCGAUUCCAAGACUAAUAGGGAUGAUUUCUUCUACUUCAGAAGCGACGUUUUGAAGAGAUACAGCAUCGAUUGUCACGGCACUGGUUGCGAAAUGCAUACGCACAUGCAAUGUAUGCCUGUGCAUUUUGUUUCUUGCGCCCAAUUUUGUAAAUUUCCAUCCACGACUUCCUGUUCCUUUUGAAAAAAACUGGAUAGAUAGCACCAAAAACAUAUUGGAAGUUUUUUACUUUGUUGUACUAAAGAUUCUGCUAAUUGCACUAUGAAUUGAUGUCGAUUCAAGAGCGAAAAGCGACCUUAUGAAUAUACGAUGAAUACAAGAAAGAGAGUAUAGAAAAAACUUUUUGGAAGACUAAUUUGUUUGCUCGAAG